AUGUGUGUAAAUGCCUCCCCGUCCAGGUACCUGGCCAAACCAUUUCAGGCAAGACCAAUAGUUACUCAUGACUUAAACGCCCCAACCCAUCCACCCAUCUCAAAGAUCAAACCAUGGGUAGAUGAAAUGAAAGUAUCUCCCAACCUUUAA